AUGGAUAGCAAACGGAGCACUAAAAAGCGAUUCACGAUCAAAAAGUCCACAGUACGAUGCGAGUCGCUGAGAAAUCACGUUGACGAGUCGGGUGGUGUAUCCGAUUCUUUGGCUGGUGUUAAUGGCCCAGUAGAAAUGAGACGUGGUCGUCGAUCUAGUAGGCGAAAAUCUAUGAGACGCAGGAGGCGGUCGUGGUCCGGKCGCCGCGGGGGAAGGAGACGAAGGGUUGGUAGUACCGAUGGAGUAGACGCUAUAACAGACAYAGAAGAAGAAGACGACGACUCGUCGAUGGUGGACGCGACGUCCCGGAGGAGAUUGAAAAGGCGGAGGAGGAGUCGUCGACGUCGUCGUCAACAUCAGACCAGUGGUGGUAGCGACGAUGAUGUCGACACCAAUGAAGAGACCACUGAAGACGCUUCUUCAUCCAGCAGUUGUGGUGGUGGGGUCCUCAACCAUCAGCGGAGACGUACGAAGAAGUCCUCUAGCAGACGGUCUAUGGRAUGCAAUAAGAUGAGCAGGAGGAGAAGGAAGAGGCGAACUUCGAGCAGACGGUCUAUGGGGUGCAGUAAGGUGAGCAGGAGGAGCAGAAAGAAGAGUAGAAGUUCUUGUAAAUCAAACAUGGCAUCUCGUCCACCUUCUGCUUGA